CUACCAUAAUAUCAUCCCCAGCCACCCACCAUCCACAUCCAUGACAAUGAAGGUGGUCGUUGGCCCGUGCUCCAUCUCAUAAUCCAUUUGGUACAAAACUCGGUCAACUAAAUUUUUCCAUCCCCUCAUACCCAAUCCCCUUGCCAAGUUGGCCACCCCGUUAGAGACAAAUCAACGGCUCAGCGGAGUUUGCCUUCUUCCCUCAUAAAUACCACCGCGCCUCCGACCGGGCAAAAUUCACUGACGUGCACGCGCUUUUCCCUCAGAGGCUCCCCUUAGAUCCAACCCCCCCUUACCCCCCUCCCUCUUCCGGUUCCCGGCCAGCAAAAAAAAAGCACUGAGCAGCGCUGUUGCUCCCACUGAGCAAAAACUGAACUGCGACGCAACUGGCCACUCAGAGUUCCUCCUCUCUUGGCAACCACCUUGCACCUUUUCAGUUAACGGCAAAGCACAAAAAGCACCUUCCGCGCCCGAUCACGAUAAGAGCUCCUUCCAGUUCUUAUUGUUCUCGAAGCCGGCGAUCACCACCAAAAAAACCACCGCCUUCUCCCAAUACCUUUUAUAGGUACAAACACAUCUUUCAAUCGCCUUUAUUCACUUUCACACCAUAAUCAAUAAUAGGUUUUGUGAUUCGAGAGUAUUCUCUGAAUUGCUUAAACUGUUUCGUCUUUUGAUUAGUCAUUUUUUAUUUCUCCAAUUCCUGGCCUUCUUCUUUCUCUUUUCCUUUUUACGUACUCUACCUUGUAUUGUACUUAUUGCUCCGCUGCACUGCACUACACUUGCGCUGCACCCUCCCGCGCAAAAAAAGACUCCGUCGCGAAAUCAGCUGUUCGAUUUCCUUGUCAGCGUCAUUGCUUCGGCUUUACUCCUCUUUUUUUUCUACCUCGACCUACCUUGCUCUUGCCUCUCACAGGCUACGAGUUAUUGCCGUCGACUCCGCCUACCUUUUGCCGCUAGGCUACUAGAAUUCAAAGCAGCUACCAAUAUAAGAUCGCGACCCCCCGCCUUCUAAUCCAAUUUCGCAACUGCGCGUCGCGCCUCCAUUCCUACGUAUCCACUUCUCAAUCUCCAUCGCGCAUCAACACCACGUCGACUCGCGAUAAUCCUCAACUCAGCAUUUUCACGUGCGCAUCGUUAUUUCAUGUCGCGACAAGUCAACUAAGCUAGACCUGUAUUGACGCGCCUUUAUCGCGAACAGCCAUUAUGGCUUCACCAACCCCCGAUGCGACCGCUCCCGCAAACGAGAAUACGUCGCGCGAUGUCACAGCAGAGAAGGAACAAAAGUCCGAAGUCAACGGGUAAGUUGCCCCUCAGUUCUGAUGGCGCGCUCUUUUUGCCUGUGCCAUCAUGCGCCGUUAGGCUGUGAUGCAUCGCGCAAACACGCACACCGUUUCUCAGCACUCUCUGACAUGUUUAUCAGCCAUGCGACACCUGAAAAGCCAAAGGACACACCCGAAUCUGCGCCUGUUAAUGGCAACAAAGCGGACGAUCAUCCUGUCGAGAAUGGUGUCAACAAGGACGUAGAGAUGACAGAGGCAAGCGAUGAGACGAAGCCCUCUCAAGAGCCUUCAACGGACGGAAAGAACGAUCCCAAGACCGAAGGUGAUGAUCAGACGAAGGAGACUGGUGAUGCCAAAUCUGUGGAGGAGCCUAAUACUGCAGAGGACUCCAAGGCUACAGAGGAGGAUGUCGAUAUGACAGACGCUGUGCCUGCAGAGAAGCCCGGAGAUGAGAAGCCCGCUGAAGAUGCGACCACAAAAGAGUCCAAGGACGUCGAUAUGGCGGACAAGCCUGCAGAUACCCCCGAAAAGGCCGAGGGAACAGACAAGGCACCCGCUUCCUCCAACGAUGCCGCAGCUCCCGCCUCAGAGGCUGAAGUCCAACCUACCAGCCUAUCUCAGUUGGCUAUCGAUACCAAGGAAGCGGAUGCCCCUAAACCUUCUACCGAGAUGUCGAUGCAGGAUGCUCCCGUUGGCGACACUUCCGUUAGCUCUAAGGUAGCCCGCGAACGUGAGGAUGAUGCCACAGACGAGCCUGCACCAAAGCGAGCCAAGACCGAGCCCAAAUCUGAAGAACCCGCCGACGUUACAUCCACUGUCCCCAACACCGAAGCGACUUCUGCUGAGUCUGCCCCCGAGAAGGAGGUUUCUCGCUUCGCUGGUCUUACCAGAUGGAAUGAGGCCGAUUUCAAGAACCAAACGCUCACCCCUUUUCAACGACGCGAGUUCCGCAAGGUGCUGGGACGCGUGAAGAAGACAAAGGCUGGUGGCCACUUCAAGGACUCAGUCCCCAAGAUGUGGCCUCAACUCGCUGAGAGUUACUUGGCCAAGAUCGAGAAGCCUAUGGACCUUUCCGAGAUUGACCGGACCCUACGUGAUAUUAAUGGUGCUUAUGUUACGGUCGGUGAUUUUCAGAAUGACCUGGUUCUCAUGUAUGACAACACGCGCAACUUCAAUGGAACCCUCCAUGACGUUACUGCUGCUGCGUUCAAUGCUAUUCGAAGCAUCUGGGAAGAAGUUGCCACCAUUCCACAAGAAGAGGCAGUCAAGCCCAAACAGAUACCCAAGCCCAAGCCUCCCCGCGAGUCGCGUAUCAGCUCUCUCGGUGAUUCUAUUGCUCGCAAGCCAUCUGUUGGACCUGGCGCUAGUCCCGCUGCCGAAAGCGUGUCGUCAAAGCCGCGGCUUGGAUCUCAAGAAGCCAAUACCGCUGCUACCGAACUGCGCCGUGCCUCAUCUGCCACUGAGGGCGAUCGUCCCAAACGAACCGUCCGUGCUCCCAAAUCAAAGGAUAUUGACUAUACCACCAAGCCUUCGCGAAAGAAGCUUAAGCCUGAGCUGCAGUUCUCUGAAGAGGUAUUGAACGAUUUGAUGCACCCCAAGAACCACGCCAUCAACAACUGGUUCAUGGAACCAGUUGAUGCUGAGGGGCUCAACAUUCCACAUUACUACUCCAUCAUCAAGAAGCCCAUGGAUCUUGGAAAGGUGGCUCGCAUGUUGAAGAGUGGUGACAUCACCAACAUUAAGGACUUUGACAAGAACGUGCGGCUGAUCUUUUCCAAUUGUUAUACCUUCAACGGUAGUGUUGACCAAGGCAACACUGUGUCGUAUGUAGCUUCUCAAUUGGAGGACUAUUACAACAGUUUGAUGAAGGACAAGGACAGCUGGUUAGCCAGACACGCCAAGGCACAUGCUCCUGCUGCUUCCCACGGUAGCGACGAGGAAGAUGAGGACGAGGAAGCCGAUGGCGAUGAGGUAGCAGCUCCUCCAAGUGCAGACCACAGUAAGGAAGUGCGGGACCUGGAGACAAAGCUGAGGGAGGAAAGUGAGAAGCUGACCGACCUUCUGUGUGCCGACUCGCCCAAUGAGAGCAUGGUGGCAAUGCAGAAGAGUAUCGUUAACCUUGUACAAGAAAGUCUUCUGAAGGCGAAACAGGCUCUCAGUGCGCACCGCACAAAGCAUCCUGAGAAACCCUCUAAGAAGGCCAGUAAGCCGAGCAAGCCUAAGCCCAGUGGAUCUGCCCCUCGCAAACCCAGCGGAAGUGUGGCAAAUCCUAAGAAGCCCAGUGGCACCAAGAAGGCUGUGAAGAAGACUCUCACCGCUGCAGACAAGGACGCUAUCGCUUCUGCUAUCAAUGAUCUUGAUGGUGCACAGCUUGACCGCGCUAUCGAUAUUAUCAAGCGAGACACUGGCCAAAAUGAGAACACCGACGGAGAGCUCGAGCUGGACAUCGACCAACUGAGCAAUGAGGCUCUGCUCAAACUCUGGGAACUCUGUAAGAAGGUGUUGCCUGGGUUCGGGAAGGACACCAACGUGCCAUCUUCUCCAGAAGUGACCCGGGCAGCGCCGCCUAAGCAUACGAAGGCAUCAUCGACAUCGGCUAAGCCCAAAAAGAACAAGCCCAUGAGUGCCCGUGAACAAGAGGAACGGAUUGCGCAGCUUCGUGAUCUCAGCAACUUGUACCGGCCGGGCCAGGAGCCUGGCGAUAAUCAACCCGUGUUGCAGGCUCCCACACCUACGGCCGAGUCCAGUGAUGAAUCGGACUCGGAGGAGGAGUAGACAUGGCGUCGGGCUGAGAGAUGGACUGUAUGAGUUGUAUGACUUUUUGGGAGCUUGGAUGUUUCGUCGACCGGAGAGCAUCAGCCACCAUUAUACCCAGCCGCAUGGCUACACCAGGUGUCAUGGUUGCUCAAAGGGGCGACGCGGUGUGCUUGAACAAUACUCGAGCAUGACGCCUCGGAUGAGGCAGACAUAACCAAGCCUGAUGAAUCGAUAAUGAAGACGUCGUCAUAGUUCUUAACGAACAUGGACAUUUGGGAUCAACAGGGAGUACCUGGCGCACAAAGACAUAGGGCGAUAUGAUAAUAGCUGGCUUUCUGGUGCGGGAAAGCAAUGGUGCGGCUUGCUGAGGUUUCGUGGGGGCAAGGCCAUAGUUUUGGGGAGAUACCCUGACUGGGGAGAAUCGAUAACGCAUGGUUGCUUGGUAAUAUGCGCCAAGGUGAAGUUGGAUGGCAGCGGGCAUCUGAGCCGCUUGUCGGUAGUUUGUGGCUUUAGAUGUAACCAUAGCGAUAAGAAACUUUGUUAUCCCAUUUUGUCGCGUACUGUGAUGUACAUGUUGGAACAGAUAUGAUUGAGUGCUGCUAGGCGCUUGGCCGGGAAACUCGAACGACUCGAGGUUGAUUGAGUGUCUGUUUGGCGCGUAGAGAUCGAUCCCUCGGUGUCAUUUGGAAGCCAUCUUAUAGUGGCACAAACCAUUUUCGUAGAGCAUUUCCGUGUGCUAUGAUGGCGAACCUCUGUCUUUGACUGCGACUGGCCACAACGUGGCUGCAAUUACCUCGGACUUCCGAAGCGAUUGUUUUGGUAUGACAACGUGGCAUUUCGCAAGAAAGGUUUUUGUGGUUGAGUUUAUAAUCAUAAACUCAGUCGUGGUGCAGAAGUGAAGUGUCGUUUGUGUUGGUCUUUGGUGUAAGGUAACCGAGUUUUGUGAUGCUUCUGAGGCGUCAAGAGUGUCGACUUUGAGCCAGAAAGACAUGAGAGUAAAUCAAACCACAAAAGGAGAAAGAAAAGCAUAUAGUCGGAGGAGUGUGAGUGAAUCAUAGAGGUUGUGAUGUGGAAGGGAAGAUGUCAGUGACGGGCUGAACGCCGUAGGAGAAUGUCAUAAUAGAGAAGAGACAUGCUAACACGAAAAGAUCUGAAAAUGAUGCAAGUCAUGCCGACACUGGAGGCAAGCUAUAAAACAGACAUUAUAGUCUCGUACUUACGAGUAUAAUGCAGAGAAAAAUGGCCAUCAGUGCAUAUCAAACAAGUGCUUUGCUUCUGUCGGCGUGAAGCAGAGGCCUUCUGAUGUGGCAAGGCGGGGUUCAAGAAGGUCAGCAGACAAAGAGGAGAAGUACGUACCAAUACGAUAACAACCCAUUGAAUCUCGCCAUUCUGACAAGUACGGUGAGUUAUUUGUCUGAGAAUUCAAGUCGUAAAAUGCAGUAUUCGUCGUCGGUGAUUUUGUCGCUGAUGGGUUUUUUUCUUUUGCUGGUAGAAAUUUGGGGGGAGUAAGGUGGACUUUUUUGGUGGGCUGACGGGGGAGGGAGGAGUACUCUUCGGGAAGGAACCUCGCCUCGCCAAAACGGCAAACAGUGUGAGGGUGACUACCCUGGACAAUGCGGCC